CUGGGACUUGGUAGCCGGGAUUACAUUUAAGCUCUCCAGAGCUGGAAAGGACAGGAGAAACAUUGUUUUAGUAGGCCUGCUGCACCUGCUUUGCACUUCUUUCUUGGAUCCGGGUGGUGUUUUUGCCUUGAGAUCUGCCCUCUCCCAUCUGACCCAUGAAUUUUAAGAGUUUGGACGCCAAGGUUCAGUCUUUGAUAGUUCACUGUCGUCUGGGUCCUCACCUGCAAGUUGGAAUGAGCGUGGAACAUGAUGAAGCCAGUGACCUUGAGGUGAGACGUGCUUCAAAUUCAUGCAUCUUGGAGAACGGACACCAGCUGGAUGCAGGUCCAGCCAACGGAUCCUCUGAGGUCCAAACCUCGUCAGCCCAGGAGCCCCCGAGGCCACGCCCUGUGAGCCUCUCCUUGCGGAUGCCCCACCAGCCCGUCACAGCUGUCACCCGAGUCUCCGAGAAAUUCUCUGGGGAGACCUCAGCUUCAGCUCUGUCACCCACAUCUGCUGCCAUUGUGGGGGGCUUCACCCCAAGCCCUAGUGAGGCCAUCAGCCCUUGGACUCCCAGUCCCACUGAGAAAAGUUCCUCUUUCACUCGGUCUUUGUCUGGCUCUGGGUAUGGAGCAGUGACGGCUGGCAAACGCAAGGACAGCCCUCCACUGGUGACCCCACCACAGUCACCCCCAUCCUCGCAGCCCCCAGCUAUGACUCAGGCCCCUCGCCAGGGAGAGCGUCGCAGGGAACUGGUGAGGUCGCAGACGCUGCCUCGGACUUCAGGGGCACAGGCUCGAAAGGCGCUGUUUGAGAAGUGGGAGCAGGAUACGGCGAGCAAGGGCAAAGGUGAGACCAGGGCCAAACUAAAAAGGUCACAGAGUUUCGGUGUGGCCAGUGCCAGCAGCAUCAAACAGAUCCUGCUAGAGUGGUGCCGCAGCAAGACUGUGGGCUAUCAGCACGUGGACCUGCAGAAUUUCUCCUCCAGCUGGAGUGACGGCAUGGCCUUCUGUGCCCUGGUGCACUCCUUCUUCCCUGAUGCCUUCGACUACAAUGCCCUGAGUCCCACACAAAGGCAGAAGAACUUCGAACUGGCCUUCACCAUGGCUGAGAAUCUGGCCAACUGUGAGCGCCUCAUUGAAGUGGAGGAUAUGAUGGUGAUGGGCCGCAAGCCGGACCCCAUGUGUGUCUUCACCUAUGUGCAGUCGCUCUACAACCACCUUCGUCGCUUUGAGUAAAGCCGGCGGCCCGGAGUGGCCAGGAAGAGACUCUGAGGUCCCUCACGUUCCCCCCAUGGCAGCAUGAUCCACACGAGGGAAGCUGCCUCUCUGGUGUGAGCUGCUAUUCGCUCUCUGGCGUGUGACCAUGUGCCCCUCACACUCGUUACUGAUUAAAAGUAUUGAUGAGGCUAAGCUGAGCCCCACAGUCCCUCCACAGGCUGGAAGGAGAAGGAAAAACUCCAGAGUCAAAAGAAAUUGGUGCUAAGUUAUGAUCUUCCUACAGGGAGCGCUCAUGGUUUCCCUCUGGUGAAUUUGAUAUAUUGGCUUGACAGGGUUCCACUGAUUAUCAAGCUUUCUUUCUUUUUUCCUAUCAAAGUACCCAGAGGUUGUUUUUGUUUUUUUAACUUCCUCACACUCUCUCUUUUUUUUUUUGUUUUGUUUUUGGUUUUUCGAGACAGGGUUUCUCUUUAUAGCCCUGGCUGUCCUGGAACUCACUUUGUAGACCAGGCUGGCCUUGAACUCAGAAAUCCGCCUGCUUCUGCCUCCCAAGUGCUGGGAUUAAAGGCGUGCGCCACCACCACCCCUCUGGGCCAUUGCCAAGAAACAGUCUCUAGUUCUUGGGAAGAAACAGCUUAGUCAGCCCCAGGUCCUAUCUUCCUAUCAUCUCUUCUCUGUGGGGAGGUGGCAGGAUUUCUACCUAGUCCUGGACGGGCUUCUGGUACUCACAGGAGACCCCACAAGUGUCCAGCUAAGGAAUGGUUACCUGAGCAGUAACUGAGCAGGAGCAAGGAUAGGUCCUUAGGGAUGAGAGAGUUCCCAUUUGCUCCAGGUAUUUAUAGAAAAGGAUUGCAUCUGUACCAUUGACCUGUUUGUACACAUGUGACCUGUUUGUAAGAUGUGGUGGCACUCUUCGCUUGGGUUUGUUAUUUCUGUGUGGGAAAUGGGAGGAGGGUUGGGCAAUAAGAGACGGCAUAGAUUUAAACAGAGAUCUACUGAAAUCAUACCUUUAUUGUUUAUGUAUUUAAAACCACUUGCCUGGGAGGCUGAAAGCGGCAUUUGCUGUCUACCAAUGUGCUUGUCCCUCAGCCAUCUCUAUGUUGUUGAAGGAUUGUGAACAGAAAAUUUACCCCCUGCCCAUCUAUCCCUUAGAUAUUGGCAAAUAUAUUAUGAUAAAAAGUGGCCCAAAGUUGAUGACUUUGAGUGAUCAUUGUUUUUGGGGUGUGUGUGUGCACGCGAGUGCGUGUUUCUUUCAUUUAUUUGUAUACAAUGCAAGGGGUUGGGAAUAGAACCCAUGUUCUCUAAUAUGCAAGCAAGCUCUCACCACUGAGGCCCACCUCCUGCCCCUGCCCCUGGGGUGGUCUCUUUCAUGGAAGCCCAUCAAGGAGUGCUGGUUUAAUUUCACAGCUGUUUGGCAGUGGAGUUUGAAUAGAAAAACCAUGAGAGUCCACAAAGCUGCAGCUCUUCGCUUAUUCCUCCCCAAGACUGAAGAUUCAUUUUAGAAUUGAGUUGGAUGUUAGCCAGAGACUUUUAAAACCUCCCUUGAAGGACCUAAUAUGGGCACUUUAUUUCAUGUAACCCCCUCUGAGUGGGGUCAGCCCUGUGUCCGAGGUGUUGGGAGCUUAGGACAGAAUGUCCUCAGGGAUCCUGGGCUCUAUGACAGAGCUUGCAGGUGGUUUGAGCAUUUUCAGUGGCUCUGUUUGCUCAGGCUGUGGCCUUGGUCCAUCUUUUGGGUUUUCCCACAGUGGGAGCCGUUCCCUUCCUGGCUCUCUCAACAUUUGUAGGCUUGGAGAGCCCUAUUCUUAGCAGAGACACAUACUGGGGCUUAGGGUUUCAAACUUAAAGCCAAUAAGGGCACACUAGGGCUCUAUAAACAGCGUGCCUAUAUGUCACUGAGUAGUUGCACAUGGCAAAGCAUGCUCUCCUGAGUGGCAGACAUGGAUUUCUGCCUCUGCACAUAAAAUAUAGCAGGUCUUACUGGAUGAGGAAUUGCUUCUCUUAAACUGUAGGAACGGUGUCCCUUGUGUCCCGCCUUCAGAACAUUACAGACUAGAUAGGUUUAGGGUUGGCUCUGUGAUGUUCUUGUUUACAAUUGUGUGUAUGCAAGUGUGUGUUUGAUGUAGAAUUAAAAGUAAUGUUUUGGCC